GGGAACGGGCAUCAACUCCACAAUGCUACAGUUUGUUUAGCAAGCUGCAGCGACUAGCUAACUUUACAUUUGAAGUGGGUUCAAUUUAAAACGUUGCGGACAAAAGAUGUGACAACCUUCGAUUAAAAGGAUCAUUAGAGAGGCUGCAGUCAUGGGCCCAGACACUGCAUCUGUCCCUAAAACAGCAUCUUCAGAGGAAAGUCCCCGAGAAGUCGAGAAGGUCAUCUCAGAAUCAGAUUCCAAUGAUGCUUCAACCACCACUGAGCCCGAGAACUCCAACCAGCCAGAGGGCAACGUAUCAGACAAGUGUUACCCGUGCUCCAUCUGUGGCAAGGUGUUUGACAGACCAUCAAAGCUAGAGAGGCAUAAACCUGUACACGCGAGGAAGCCUAAAACUCUUUAUCAGUGUCAGCAUUGUGAUAAGAGUUUCACACAAGAAGAGAAGCUGAGCCGACACCAGAAUUGCCACAACAGGACAAACCAGCACCCCUGUCCUGACUGUGGGAAAGUGUUCAACAGGCCGUCAAAGUUAGAGAGACACAAGCGCACCCACUCAAAGAAACCAAAGGUGCCUCAUCAGUGUUCCUACUGCAUGAAGACAUUCAGUAAACUUAACAAACUUGUCCGGCACAAGCGAAUGCACACCGGGGAAAAGCCUUUCACCUGCUCGGUCUGUGGAAAAGGAUUCUCUGAGUCCGGUCACUGCAAAGCACACGAAAAGACGCACGAGGAGCAGCCAGAAAAACCUCACUGCUGCGCGGACUGUGGGAUGUGUUUCUUCAAGGCCUCAGAACUCCGUCGGCACUUCCGCUCGCACACGGGAGAGAAACCUUUCAGAUGCACCCUGUGUGAGAGCUGCUUCUCCCGCUCAGAAGGGCUUAAGAGACACAUGAGGAGCCACACAGGGGAAAGACCCUACAAAUGCAUUAUCUGCGCAAAAGGGUUUUAUUCCCGUCAGGAUUUGAAUAUUCAUGGGUUGACCCACUCAGGAGAGAAACCACAUCUUUGCCCCGUGUGUGGCAAAGGCUUCUCACAGCUGGGCAACAUGAAAGAACAUGAACAAAACGUUCAUAUUAAGUCAGAGAAAUAUAUUUGCAACGAGUGCGGGGCAACCUUCACACGGUACAAGUCACUGACAAAACAUCAGCGGACACACACAGGAGAAAGACCCUAUCUGUGCCUCACCUGUGGUCGCAGGUUUUCAUGGAGCCAUUCUCUUAGCAGACACCGGAGGACACACACACACAGACAGAUGUCUAUGGACACAUCAAAAGACAUAUUAAGUUUUGAAGGACCCUCUGAGAAUCCUAGCAAUUGAGAAAAAAAAGGGAAAUCCUUAUAGAAGGACAUUUCAUCUUCGAGCUAUCUUCUUGGAGCCACAGUCAAACUAAAAUUAACUAAUUUGUAGUCAUGUGUAGUGUGUCGAGAGAAAUGUUUUGAAGCUUUGUGACGAUUCACCUUGCUGCUUGAUUUUUUAUUUGUCCACACAAUAUCCGUUAGAAAGUCUCAGUACAGGCCUCCAGAUUAGCUUUUUUAUCUCAAUAUUUUUAUUGAUCUAAAUUGUGUUCUGUUAAUUGGGUAACAAUAUACUGUAUGUGGCUAUUAAAGUACACUGCUGUAUCUGGGGAAGCACAAUUUACUUUAUUAUAAAUUUGGACUAGCCUUCCGAUAGUGUGGAAGAAUUUCUCAUAUCAUGGAUUAAAUUGCUGUUUGUUAUUAACCAAAAGAUGUGUCACAACCAAAGAAAAGUUACCCUGCCAGAAGGCCUGGAAGUCUUAUUCGGCAUGCAACCAAACUGAUAUUAGAUACAAUAUUGACCAAGUUUGUAUGAAUAAUGGAGAUGUCAGACUUAAGUCUUGACUAAAUCCAACAAAAUGUCCAAUAGUGAUUAACUUAAUCUGCUACCUCACUAACAGAACGAUAGAAGGCACACAAACAUUAACCAGCACAAGAUUUGUGCAUGGUUCAGUCCAUACCAGUAGCUCACCGAUUUUCUUAAAUUGUACUUUCUUUUUUAAGUUUGUUCAAAAUUAAAAUAACAAAUGCCAAAAAUAAAACAAUUUGUGCACUCUGUAUAUCAUAUUAUUUUUUUCAUUGUUAUAAUUAAACCUUUACAGAAGUGCAGUAGCAGUUUCCCUCUGGUAUGAGCUGUGUAAAAUAAAAGUGAAGAUAAAACGUCAAUAUUACAUGUUGCACCUUUUAAUAUGUAUCACAUAUAUAUUGUGUAGUUAUGUAAUACAUUGAUUUCCUUUGUGAUGCUAUCUACCUACAUGGUUGCUUACUGUCUGAUGACUACAUUGUGCUGUAGUUCACUGCAUAUUAACAACACAAUGGGCCCACUACAUUCUUAAAUACAUAUUCAAUUGAUGUGCUCAAAUGUAUUUUUAGUUUUGCUCACAAUGAUGUGAACUGAACCUUGAGCUACAUUAUUCUCCCUAAGCUAUUUUAUAGAAAAUAUAGUAAUCAAUAAACUGUCUUCAUAUAACAGCAGUUGCAAUUAGAGCAUUUUUUUUAAAUUGUGUAUGACUUCUGUUAUUGUGUCCAAACAAUUCUGCUGAAUAUUGCCUACUUGUAAAACCACAGUUGCCUGUAAGGUUUUUAUGUCAGGUCUCAGAUUAAAUAGUAGAUCCAUCUCUACCAAUAGCAAAGAAAUUAGAAGAAUUAAAAAUG